ACACACCUGGAUCACGUCCCUAGCGCUUUCACCACUUUCCGGAACUACACAUCCGUCAUCCCUCUGCAAUCCGUAAGAUGAAGAUCUCCGCUAGAGUCAGAGGAGAGUGGCUUCAAGUUCCUUGCAAAGAUGGUAAGGUGACAGUGGGUUGGCUGGCCGAGGAGGCGGUCCGCCGCUACGUUCGGUUGCAUCCAGUCAGCGGCAACGUUCUGUUGCCAUCCAGCGCCAACAACAACAAACCGCGGAUGGUCGAGGUCCGCAAAACGGGCGGUUGCGUCCUGCUGGACCCGGAGGACAAUGUCUGCGACGUGCUGGACGACAACGACUUUGUCAACGUCAGGAUGGAGAACGACGUCCCGGAUUCGAUUGGAACCACAACGAUCGGCCCGCCAUCCGUCAGCCAUUUCGAUCACACGCUCUCCGAUCCGUUGGUUCUCUCCAGCUCCAAAAUUGGCGCUUCGGCCCACGAUCAAAUGAGCACGACGUCGGACUCGGACGUCGUUCUGGACGGCUACCAUCUGACCAUCAAGCAGUUGGUGUUGCUGAGCAAAGGAAACACGAAAAUCCGUCUGAGGAAGAUCGCCGAAGAUCGCGUCAUAGCCGGCCGCCAGCUCGUCGAAGCCAUUUUGAAAGAAAAUAAGGUGGCCUACGGAAUUACGACCGGAUUCGGCAAGUUUGCGAGGACUGUCAUCUCGCCGGACAAGUUGGAGGAGUUGCAGGAGAAUUUGAUUCGCUCCCAUUCGGCCGGAGUGGGCCAGCCACUUUCCCUGGAGCGCGUUCGGAUGUUGAUGGCCCUGCGGAUCAACACGCUGGCCAAAGGUUACUCCGGAAUUUCCAUCAAGACACUCAACCAGGUGAUCAACGCCUUCAAUCGAUCCUGUCUGCCCUGGGUCCCCGAACAAGGAACUGUCGGGGCCAGUGGAGACUUGGCCCCAUUGUCCCACCUGGCCCUCGGUAUGAUUGGGGAAGGGAAGAUGUGGAGCCAUCGGACCGGUUGGACGGACGCCAAGCUCUGCCUGGAGAGCAAUGGACUGGAACCGAUUAAGCUGGGAGCCAAGGAAGGAUUGGCAUUGAUCAACGGGACCCAGAUGAUCACGGCACUUGGAGCCGAAGCGGUCGACAGAUGUGAGCUGAUUGCCAAACAGGCUGACGUGGUGGCCGCUCUCUCCCUCGAGGUUCUCAAGGGCUCGUCCAGGGCCUUUGACAGUGACGUCCACCAGCUCCGCCCGCACCCCGGCCAAAUCAACGUCGCCCGUCGCCUGCGAUCCUUGCUUCACUCGGAGGCUUAUCCGUCGGCCAUAGCCGAAAGUCAUCGCUUCUGCGACCGCGUCCAGGACGCCUAUACUUUGAGAUGCUGCCCUCAAGUUCACGGAAUCGUUCACGAUACCAUCGACUUUGUUCACAACAUUAUCAAGACGGAAAUGAACAGCGCCACUGAUAAUCCUCUAGUGUUACCCGAACGCGGAGAGAUUAUCUCGGCAGGUAAUUUUCACGGAGAGUAUCCAGCCAAAGCUUUGGAUUACCUUGCCAUUGGUGUUCAUGAACUGGCGUCGAUGAGCGAGCGCCGGAUCGAGCGGCUGGUGAAUCCGGUGCUGAGCGAGUUGCCGGCCUUUUUGGUGCGCGAAGGCGGCCUCAAUUCCGGCUUCAUGAUAGCCCACUGCACGGCCGCUUCCCUGGUCUCUGAGAACAAGGUCCUCUGCCAUCCCAGCAGCGUCGACUCGCUCUCGACCAGCGCCGGAACGGAGGAUCACGUCUCGAUGGGCGGAUUCUCGGCCCGCAAGGCUUUGCAGGUGGUGGCCAACGUGGAGCGCGUCAUCGCCAUCGAAUUGCUCGCCGCUUGCCAGGCCAUCGAAUUCCUGCGUCCGCUCAAGACCACCGUGCCGCUGGAGGAAGUCUACCGGACCGUCCGGGCCGUCGUCCGUCCCUGGGACAAGGAUCGCUACAUGGCACCCGACAUCGAAGCGGCCACCAAUCUCCUCAAGGAUGGCAAGAUAUGGAAUUGCGUCAAAGGUUAUCUGGACGCUGUCAAGGAUUAUCUGGACCUGGAGUCGAGGGCUCCGUCGCCCACUUGCGUCUCGCUGCCGCAUUCGGUGGCUCCGCCCUCUUAUCUGAUCCAGGAAGACGACGAAGAUGGAGACGAUCCGCCCAUCAAGAAACAUUGCACCGACCACCACCAACACAAGAAGGACAUCAUCAACGAAUAAAAGACAAUUUUUAAAAAAGAUGUCGCAACACACAUUUGUCCUGGACAACACACAGCACAUGACACGACACUUUGAACAACACACAACAACAAUCUUCUAAACACAUUUUCAAACAAAAAAUCUGCUGUUGGUGGUGGGUGAUGAUUACGCGAUUCCAUUCCAGUGAUGACGUCAUCGGCUUGACAGUUGUCGCCAACUCGGCACCGUUCUGAGUUUCACAAAUAAAAAUAAACUUCGUCAGAAAAACCGAGAAUAAACUAAAGCGAAUUAACAAAUA